CAGGAAUUGACGCCGUGCAGAGAUGGCAGUACAAGCAGUUCAUAUUCAGGGGGAUGCCUUUUUGGUCUGUGUCACCCAUUCGCUGAGUACGGAAAGAGAAGAGGUUAUGGGGUUGUGCAUAGGAGAGGUGGACACUCAGAAAGUUGUGCACAUUCACUCAGUUAUUAUCCUGCGGCGUUCUGAUAAAAGGAAGGAUCGAGUAGAGAUUUCACCUGAGCAACUUUCUGCAGCAACUACAGAGGCUGAUAGACUGGCUGAGAUCACUGGACGUCCUAUGAGAGUGGUUGGGUGGUAUCACUCCCACCCUCACAUCACUGUAUGGCCCUCCCAUGUGGAUGUGCGCACUCAGGCUAUGUAUCAAAUGAUGGAUGUUGGAUUUGUUGGUCUAAUUUUCUCAUGCUUCAUUGAGGACAAGAACACCAAGACUGGCCGUAUCCUGUACACCUGUUUCCAGUCAGUUCAAGCACAGAAGAGUUCAGAAUAUGAACGGAUUGAGGUGCCUUUACAUGUGGUCCCACACAAUACAAUUAGGAAAGUUUGCCUUGAGUCAGCUGUGGAACUCCCUAGAAUCCUUUGUCAGGAGGAGCAAGAUGCCUAUCGCAGGAUACAUAGUCUUGGUCACUUGGAUUCUAUCACGAAGAUUCACAAUGGCUCUGUUUUCACCAAGAACCUAUGUGGGCAGAUGUCGGCAAUUAGUGGACCACUGCUCCAGUGGCUGGAGGACCGUCUAGAACAGAACCAACAGCGGGCUCAGGAGCUGCAGAGUGAGAAGGAGCAGCUUCUGCAGGAGCUGAAGGCUCUUGGCUGAGUUCACAAAGACUGUAUAAUGGGGCACAGGCAUAUGCAUUAAAGAGAGAAGAUCAUGGAGGGUGUCCUGCUCUCGUUUUGUUUUUUGAUAGUUUAUUGUGGACUAUUUCCUCCAACUGUAACUCCAGUGAGGAUCCUUUCUGUGAUUUAACAUGAGAACAAUGGCCUUGUCCAAACUGCUAUGUGAGCUUUACACUGAAUGCAUCCAAAUACUUCAGCUAAUAUUGAUAAUACCACCUCUCCUCAGUUUUCCCAGGAAUGGUUUGUUUCUGUUGCCUACAGAUAGAAUUUGAAACUGCACAUAAACAAUGCUGGAAAUUAUAUAAAUUAUUUUAUUUCCCACUGCUUUAGUUAGCAAUAAUUAAAAGGUAUAGCACUCCUUUUCUAAAAAUAUAAAACCUAAAGUACAAUAGUACUGAAGAAAAUCCAGGCUGACCGUUGUAUUUAUUAUAUAUUUCAUAUAAGUAGCAUGAAUUUUUGCAAGUACUCGUGUAUAUAUACAAUACAUUUGUAAAAUUGUUUGAUAGGUUGAGUGGAUUAGUACUUCUAAAUAAAUAGCAUUUAAGGAUUUCCCAGCACUAAAAUACAUCCAUGAGGAAUAUAUAUCACGUUGCGAAAGAAAGUAGUUCUGAUGUUAAGUUGGCCAUCACUUAAAGGUCUGCUCAUUUGGGAAAGUUGCCAAACAUAUGCCAAGCAUAUCUUUCCCCGAUAUGCCCUUCUUGAAGUGGACAAUGUCGGGAUAAGGGCCAAACAAUUAAAUCACAGCAAUGGUAAGUGCAGGCCAUGGGGUCAAUUAGCUGAUGCUGUCCUUGCCCCAAUGUUUAAACCUGACCAAUCAAUAUCUGAUUUUAUUGUCUGUGUAUGGCCACCUUUAGGUUAGUAUUAACAAUUACCUAAUUUUUGCCUACUAGGGAACACCACUGGUCCUUAGGAGAUUUCCUGCCAAGGUUUUACAAAGAGAAAACUUCUGUAAUGCCUGAUAGCUACGUUUAAAAAAACGGGUAUGGGCAGAGAUAUCACUGAUAAAUCUACUUUCAUCUACUUCUUGCACACCUGGUUCUGUAUGCAGAGUAAACCACAGGGACUUAAAGCAGCAAUCUCUAUGUCUCCUUAUCAUUAAGCGAGAAUGCACAUUUUUUCCUAUUAUAGUUUUAAUUCAAUCAAUAGUGCUUGUUCUGAACAUACUGUUUUUUCAUUACAAAAUAUCUGUUUUUCAUAAAUAAAACAAUAGGCAAAAAGCGAUGUUCAGUACAAGCACCAUUAAUUGAAUUUAUGUUGAACAACGGGGUAUUCUGUCCCUUUAAGAGCUAUUUGUUAUCAAGGGCCACAUGAAUGCUUUCUGUUUUAAGAAAGCUUUUACUGUACAGUUGUAUGAGAAAUAGUUUUAUUCAAGUGCCGUAAAGUACUUUUGAUGAAUGGGAAAUUACUUUAGGGCUCUUCCAAAACUUUUAUGAAACUUAAAUAGCUUUUAAAUGUCUUUUGUUACAUAGGGCUGCUAUAUCUAUCAAGUUGUACAGCAUCUCUUUACUCUAAAAUAAAUUCCUUAAGCUACUUUUGA